GAGAGCAUCUCACUUCUCAUCAUGUACUUGAACAUUUCUUCUAUUUUAGUUCUGAUCACAAAAUGUUUGAGUGCUCCACACAUAGUGAUAAUUUUAGCUGAUGACUUGGGAUGGAACGAUGUCAGUUUCCAUGGGUCAGACCAGUUCCAGACACCCAACAUUGAUGCCCUAGCAUACUCUGGUGUCAUUCUACGGGACUACUACACUCAGCCUAUCUGUACACCAGCCAGGGCUGCCCUGCUUACUGGCAGACACCCCAUCAGUAAUGGUAUGCAGCAUGAUGUUAUCUACGCUCCUCAGCCGUGGGGGUUACCACUAGAGGAUCGACUGUUGCCUCAAUACCUCAGGUCGGAGGGCUAUGUUAGUCGAGCAGUGGGCAAAUGGCACCUCGGCUUCUACAAGGCAGACUAUACUCCAACCAGAAGAGGAUUUGACUCACAUUACGGCACUUGGUUAGGACACCAGAACCACUUCACUUACAUGACGGAUGAUAACCAUCCCGGCUAUGACCUGCACAGGGGGCUGAAUGUUUCAUGGGACGGACGGAACACAUUCUCAGCUGACUUGUUCACCAGAGAGGCUGAGUCUGUUAUCCAAGACCAUGAUGUCUCAAAGCCUUUGUUCUUGUACCUCUCUCACACGGCGCCUCACGCUCCACUGCAGGCGCCUCGAGACGCUAUAGCCUCAGUCAAGCACAUUGCGGAGCGCAAGAGACGAAUAUAUGCUGCUAUGGUGACCAAGGUGGACGAAUCAGUUGGGAAAGUGAUGCAAGCGUUGAAAAGUAAAAGUAUGUUGAACAACACCAUCAUAUUAUUUCUCUCUGACAACGGAGGUGCUACUAACAACUAUAAUGGCAAUGCGGCUUCUAACUGGCCUCUUAAGGGAGGCAAGGACACGCUGUGGGAGGGUGGAGUGCGGAGUGUUGGAGUUAUCUGGAGUCCUCUACUGAAGUCAACUCCCAGAGUUCACAGAGGCCUGGUCAAUGUACAGGACUGGCUGCCUACAUUACUGGAGGCUGCAGGAGUUGGCAACCAAACAUUGGCCCAUAGUCAGUUGGACGGAGUGAGCCAGUGGUCUGCUCUAAACAACCAAUCAGAACCCCCAUACACAACAAUGCUGCAUAACAUUGAUCCAAUCAGGAACAUCGCAGCUGUCAGAGAUGGGGAAUGGAAACUUGUUGUAGGAAGAGUCCAUGGAGGCAAGUAUGAUGGAUGGUUUGGGAGAGUAACAUCAAAUCUUCAAUACAACAUGAGCCAAGUAAGAAGCAGUCUAGUAGGCCAGGCAGUACAGACUACACCCUUUUCUGUGCCUGAUGACUCUGUCGUUCUUAGGCUAAGGAAUGAAGCAACUGUGCACUGUACUAAAACUAGAGGUAAGAAAUCCAAAAAAGACAAGUGUCGGUCGAUGCGAGCUCCAUGUUUGUUCAACAUUUUGGCCGACCCUUGCGAGCAGAAGAACAAGGCCCUGAGGAACCCCGAUGUUGUGACUCGAUUGACCCACCUGCUGAAGGGGUUUCAUCACGUCAAGCCCUGUAACAAGCCUCGUGACCCCCGCAGCUACCCUAAUCUUUGGAAUGGAACUUGGACUACUUGGGGGGAUUUUUUAUCUUCAAAUUCUUAGAACGGAAUAUGUUCAGGGCUCU